AACUGUCACAAAAAACGGAUGACGUGUUGACAAAAAAUUUAUUUUUCCCCAAAAUUUAAUUCACUCAUAUUUCUGAGUAUUGAUUUCGAUACUACGUCUCUCAUAAGAUAACUAAAAGAUGAUAAAAGUUUCCUAGAUAAUAAAAAAAAAAACAAUAGUUUCGGGGCCAUCUCCAAUCAACCCAAUCAUGACUAGAAACGUGUUGCAAAGUAGUUUACUCAAUGCCGGAUUUAGUAUCAUAUUCCAAAUUCUUUGCCGUUUUGUCACAUUCGGAAUCAAUGCCUUUAUUGUUCGCAAUGUCGGCCGAGAUGUGCUUGGCGUCAUGAAUGUGCGACUCUUGUUGCUCGAGAGUACACUUCUAUUUUUGUCCCGUGAAGCUAUUAAUCGUGCCGCAUUGAGUGCCACCUCACAACAAAAAGACAAAUGCUCUUGGCCACAAUUAAUAAAUCAAAUGUGGUUGACAGUACCCACCUGUAUUGCCCUAUGCAUUCCUUGUACGUACAUUUGGCUAGAUAUUCUAUCGCCAGUUGAUGAUCAUCUCAAAAGUCAGUAUAAAUUCGCCUGCUACUCUGUCGCACUAUCUUGUGUGAUUGAAUUGUGUGCGGAGGCGCCAGUCUUCCUAACGCAGGUUUUCUGCUUUGUUAAAUUGAAGAUUUUCCUCAACACUUUGCACAUUAUGGUGCGAUCGGUGAUUUUUAUUUGGAUAGUUUUAAACGAUCAGAGUAUUGCGAUCAAUGCUUUUGCAAUUGCACAGUUAGCUAGUGCCAUUGUGAUAUUCAUUGGACAUUAUGCAUUUUUUUAUUUUUACAUAAAAAGGUUUAAUGAGCACAAAUUGGCUAAGAUUAAUCAUGGCCAAAAGGAAGAUGAAGAUCUUUUCAAGAGUAUGGAUGACUUUCCAUUUAAAGGUCUCAAUGAAUUGUUACCAUUUAGAAUGGAAAAUAAGGAAUCAUAUUUCAAUCCUAAACUUCAAAUUCUGACUUUGAGCUUCAUAAAACAGGGAGUUUUAAAACAGAUUUUAACAGAAGGAGAGAAGUAUGUUAUGUCGAUGAGUCCGGUACUCUCAUUCAGUGAACAAGCUACGUAUGAUGUGGUAAACAAUCUGGGAAGCCUGGCAGCUAGAUUCAUCUUCCGACCCAUAGAAGAAAGUAGUUAUUUUUAUUUUACCCAAACACUAUCAAGAGACGUUCAACUGGAGAAACAAAAUAUAGAAAAAGUUCACGAAGCUGGAAAUGUUUUGAAAACACUUUGUAUUGGUGUAACAUCGAUUGGUUUAUUAGCUUUUACAUUCGGACAAAGCUAUUCCCAUACAUUGCUGCUUAUUUAUGGUGGAGCGGAUUUUGUUGCAGGUGGUUUGCCAGAGAAUCUACUCAAGUGGCACUGUCUGGCUAUAUGCCUAAUGGCUGUUAAUGGUAUCACUGAGGGUUACAUGUUUGCAACGAACACAAGUAAAGACAUCGACAAGUACAACUAUCUUAUGGCCAUAUUUUCAAUUAGCUUCCUCAUUUUGUCUUAUAUUCUGACGAGCAUAUUUGGACCAGUUGGAUUUAUUUUUGCAAAUUGCAUUAAUAUGUUUUGCAGGAUUUGCUAUAGCACAAAAUAUAUAUUCCGCCAAUAUCGGCCAUUGGGUAUGAAUCCACUGCUUGGUAUUAUUCCAGGAAAUUUGUUUGCCUUAUCAUUGAUUACAACUGGAUUGAUUGCUAAAUAUUCAAUGAUAACAAUGAAUUCAUUUCUUGUUCACAUUGGUAUAGGAUUUGUUGGAGUCAUGGUAUGCCUUUGUAGUUGGGGAAUAGAAAAUUUGGAUUUACUCAAACUGGCUUGGAAGAAAGGAAGACAAUUAAAAAUGAAGAAAACUUAGAUAAUUUGUUUUUCUGUAUGUGAUCAAUUAGAAAAAAUGUUACGAACAGACAUUGACGGGCGAUUUAAGUAACGAAAACGAAAAAUUUUAUUUAAAUUAAAUUAUAGUAUUAAAAUA